AUGUGCACGAGAAAUAACAAGAAACCACCCAUAUCUUAUAUAUCCAUACCAACAGAAACAUUGGGCGGGCGGAGAAGCGCCUGCUGUGAAUCGUUAAGCAAGAGUGCAAACAUAUUCUCCGCAGUGAACAACUUCUUCGCUGAUUCGCCUUUGGUGAAUCAGCUCAAAGGCAUUAUGACUCGCCAGACUAGCAAUACUGAACCAGGUCCUCCAGAUGAAAACCGAGGCCCUCCUCUUGUCAAUCUGGCUAUAAGUCCUUCAAACAGCCAUCUAUCUGAACGGUCGAUCACGCCGCCUUCUCAACGUCAAGUGAGUUUUUUGAAGCCAGCUGCUAACACCGCACUUGAUCGAAAAGCCUCUAUCAUAGAUGAGACUACUGGGAUCACUCGAACGCAAAUGAAAGAAUUCCGCGAGGCCUUUCGAUUAUUCGACAAGGAUGGAGAUGGAACAAUAACCAAGGAAGAAUUGGGUCGUGUCAUGAGGAGUUUGGGUCAAUUCGCUAGAGUAGAAGAGUUGCAGGACAUGCUCCAAGAGGUGGAUAGUGAUGGUGAUGGCAACGUAAGCUUCGAGGAGUUUGUGAACAUUCUAUCGAAAUCCAUGUCUGGCAGUGGAGGGAAUACCAGCUCAGCGGAGCAAGAGGAGCGCGAGCUAAGAGACGCUUUUCGAGUCUUUGACAAGCAUAAUAGGGGUUAUAUCUGCGCUUCUGACUUGAGGGCCGUACUGCAAUGUCUUGGAGAAGACUUAUCGGAGGAGGAGAUUGAAGAUAUGAUAAAGGAAGUGGACUCAGAUGGCGAUGGUCGUAUUGACUUCUUAGAAUUCGUAAGAGCCUUGGGUGAACCGGAAGACGCGUGUGACGAUGACGAAGACGAAGACAUUCUUGAUGGAAACGACUUUAUCUCCCAAAGAUCGGUUCUAGCGUCGUAA